CGUGGGGACGAAACUGAAUUCUGAAUGCUUUCUCCGGAAGAAUUUCUCAGCAAAACAAACGCCAACCGCGUCACUGGCUGCCUUCCUGUUGUCGACAGUUCUUUUCGGAUGAGCAAACCUUUGGUCCAAUUCAACAGUCCGAUGGACCUGCUGCCAGGUGUGGUUAAGCAGUACAGGGAAGACUUCUCGAAGCUGCCGCCUGAUCAGCAAAUGGACUGUGUUUUUUUGCCCUUCGAGAAUUCCCAGGGCAGUGCAAUUGCCCUGGACGAGGACAACGACGAGGACGAGAAAGGAGGAAGUGUCGGGCCGCAUGACGACGGCGGUAAUGAAGCAGAUGUGGAAGUUGGGGAUGACAACAUGGAGGACCGGGGCGGGCUUGCUGACGAGGACGCCGACACGCCAAUGCAUGGUCAUGACAUCUCCCCCGCCGGCGCUGUGGAGCCGCUAUUGGUGGCCGUUGCACAUCAGAAGACGUGGCAGAACUUCUUGAGGGUCUGCAUGGGGAAGGCAUGCGACAAGGCGUUUGUAAAGCAAGCUCUUGAGAAUGAGUACAGUAAGGACUGGAGUAAUAAACUCCGAGGCUACAUGAACCUCGCCACAUCCAGUGUCGCAGUGUGGCCGCUGGUCGAGAGGUUCUUCGAGAUGUUCAACGAAGGAAAGCUGCCAGUUGGCGAUGGCAAAAUCCCGCUUGACAUGCCCGGGAGGAUAGAAGGCCGCCUGCCAGGCCCGUACACCGACGAGACCAAGGGACAAAGAACAUUGUACCAUUGCAUAUAUGCAAUAGAUGGUCUCAAAGGCUCCACCGUGUCGUGGAAGGAUCUUUGUCCUUCCUACUUCAAAAAUUUUGGGGAUUUGACAUGUCGUGAGAGGGAAGUUGCGUUGCUCCUGCUCAUGAAGGGGAAGGUGGUCGCAACAAACGUCAAGGUCUUGCCUCCAAGAGUGAACACAGAGUGCCUCCUCGACAUCAUGCGAAAGGAGCGAUACAUGGUGCGUAUGUUCAAUUAUGUUCUGUUCCGCGCCGAGGGAAGGGCGGACGACGAAUGGAACGACGCGUUCUUCAUGUCGUACAAGGACCUUGAAGACAAGUAUGGGCCAAACGGUCUGUGCGCUGCUGAAUGGAAGAAGGAACGGGACAAGUUACAUGUCAAUAAGGUGAAGAUGGUCCCUCGACGACUUGGAGGAGUGGAGGAGGCAAGGCAAGGUAAUAAUGUCCUUGCCUGCGACGAGUCGGCCAAGGACAUUGCAUAUCUGACAAAGUUCGUCGAUAUACUUGUGAAGGAUGAAAGAUUCGCCUGUCAUGUCAAGAAGCCACAUUGCAAACAUCGUAGCAACAGGGACAUGUUCCACAAGUUGGGACGCACGAGACUGAAGGUGUGGGAAUACCUGUUCCGCGAUGCGCCGCAAGGACGGCUUGACGGGAAUUACAUCUACAGGAAAGCAAAGGUGACAGAGACCCUAAAACAUUAUCACGGUGCUCUUACUGGCGCCUUUGAGACUUUUGUUGCUCGAUGCGAGAUCCUGAAGUUCGAUCUUCAUAAAGACCAGCUGAUGUCCAAGGACUACGCUGACCUCGCGAAAUCGGGUGACGGCUUUAACCCCGUCGACAGCGAGGAAGACUCUUCAGGGUCCGACCUCAAAUUGGGCGAUGGCAAGGGUGGUGAAAGUCCGGGCGGUGGCAUGGUGCGGUCACACGAUGAAGGGACCGUUCGCUCGCAUGAAAGACCCGUACAGGUGGCCGCCCCCUGUGUUGGCUCGAUGGUGGCCCCCAUGGAGGGCACCGGUUUGCCAAACAUGGGAAUAUGUGGUCCCAAUGAUGAAGAUGACAUUGAUAUGCCAAGCGAGGCAUCGAAGCUCGCACCAGGCGAUCCAAUUCCUCUCGGCUAUUGUGCUGAUCCGACCACAAUUUAUUUCUUGGGGGGCAAACACGCCCGCACUGGGCAGAGGGAGGAUGACGGGAGUAAUGUGGUAAAGACUCAAGAGGUUCACAUGACGUCUAUGCCGCAAAUCUUCAUCGACACGACAGAACCGUCCAAACGCAUGGAUGUGUCAAAUGCAUUGUCGUCAGAUGCAAGUGCCACGUACGGGAGUUUAUUACUGACAUCCGCCGCAUUAGAAGGCGCAUCCGAAAUGCAGUUAGAGUCAGGUAUUGGCCUGAGCGUGCCGGACAGUCAGUUGCAACCGGAGUUAUGCACAGGCAAAGGUGAUGCACAAGGACAUUUGACACCACAGGGAGGGGCCGCUGCGGAUGGUGGGAAGGGAGAGGAUGUGGCGGGAAUCCUCCAUCCUCGCAAUCUUGAGACCUUAACCGAUGAUUUCGACUAUGGGAGUGAGGGUGGAAAUGACGUGGUCAAUACGAGGGGAGUGUGAAAUGAUCGGUGAGGCGGGACGGGGGCAACGGAGAGGGAGAAACCAGCGAUAUGAUUACAAUGUUAUUC